GAAGCAGAAACCACAACAACAACAACAAAAAAACACACUCAUACGGAAGCGCAGCAACACGCGAUCGUGUCCAGUCGAUUUUCUAAUCAAAAGUGUCACGGGCAAAGAGAGCUGGGUGAAAUAAGCGAGCGAGGGCAAGGGGACCGGGUCAAAGGUUAGGUGGUGGAAAGUGUAGUCUCGGGUGUGCGGGUGGUAUACAUUGAUUGAUCGAAUAAAAUUCAACCGAUUCCGGCAAGAGGGGGUGGGUUCGAGCGCGAUCAUCACAAAUCGGCCGGCUCUAAAGUGAAGCGUCCGGGUGCUUCAAGGCUUCAAGCGUUUGAAGAUUGAUGGUGAGCAAAAUUACCUCACUGUCGAGUUCCAGGCGCGUCUCGAAACGAUAAUUCAAUUUAUUUCGACAAGUGUGGGUCGGUCCGGUGCGGUCUGGUUCCAGUCGCUUAGCUAGUCUAGGCUGGCCUUUGGAGUGACGAGUGAUAGUUCGUGCCGUGAUGCUCGUUCACUAAUUAACGCGAGUGCUGGGUGCAUCUUGGCAGUGUGCUGUGUCUUGAGUGUCGUGCCAGUGUCUGAGGUGGGGUCCUCCGGUUAUUGAACCACGCGUCAGUCGUGCCAAAAUUUGAAGUGAAACAAAUCCAUCGAUCGGGUGACACAAUCGGUUUGAGUAGGAAGUGGUGUCUACAAUUCCUUCGUGUGUGUGUGUGUGUGCGUGCUUGUGUCCCUUACAGCAAAGGUUUUACCGAGUAGGACGAUUCGAUAAUCGAAUAUAAUCCAAUUAACCGGGAGCCACGUUUUCCAAAGCGUUCGCUAUAAUUCUAUGAGUGUGAGGUUUUUUCUCUCUCUCUUGUGUGUUAUGGCAACCAAGUUGAUCCUGUAACGUGUCUGUGGUUCCAAAAAGUUUUUCGCAAGUGCAAAACAAAACAAACAACCAUGCAGUGAAGGCUUUACCACCGCCCAAUUACACCACCACCAGCCAAGUGAGAUCAGUGAGUCAGUGAAACAACGGCCUACGUCUGGAUUAUAGCAGCCCGUUGUGUGCCUGCAGUGUGAACCGAGCAGCGACAAUGAUUACUCCCCGGAUUACCAUGACUCGGAUGCACUUUGGAUUCAAUUUCCUGCUUCUUAUUGCUGCAGCAUCCUCCAUUAAUGGCAAUCAACAAAUCUCCAAGCGGACGGCGGCCCCGGUAGCCGAAACGCUGCGGCUAGCACCGGAGGAAGAGAUGGCCCACUUCGUCGACCAGUCGCGCAUGGUCACCUGCAGCCACACGAACCAGGAAGUGAAGCUAAAGUGGCGAAAUCCGAAAAAUGUCGUCAUUAGCGAAACCAAGGGCCGCGUGCACAUCGAAGACAAGGGUGAUUCGCUGUCGCUGAUAUUCGAAGCGAUCGCCCGAACCGACCAGGGCAACUGGACGUGCGAGGUGGACGUGGACGGGACGACCACAGCAACCGACGGUCGGGUGACCGUUCCGGCGCAGCGAAAAUCCUUUAAAAUGAUCGUUUACGAACCCAUUUCCUUCCGGGAUACAAGCACGGUGCAAACGGCCGUCGAAGAUAAGGACGCAACCAUCCGCUGCGAGGUAAAGGGACAUCCGGAACCGUCCGUAUCCUGGUACUUUAACGGGCAACCUCUGUUCUUUUCGAACAAUGGACGCUACAGCAAGCUGGCCGACGGAAUGUCCAUCAAGAAGGUGGUCCAGAACGAUAGUGGCGAGUACACGUGCAAAGCGUUCCAGAUCUCGGCCACCGGUAGCAGCUUCGAGGAGAAGACGAUUCGGCUCAACAUCAAACAUAAACCGUACCUACCGGCCUGGAAACCAUCCGUAACGGACGCGUACGGGUAUGUUGGUGGUGUGGUUAAUCUUACGUGUGAGGCGACGGCCGAACCGCCAGCCAACUUUAGCUGGUCGGCCAACAAUAAAAAGCUCACCCCGAAAAGCCACAUCAUCUACAACGGGCGCCAUGUGUCGAUGCUGCAGAUCAUGAUAAAAACCAGCAGCAUAUUCGGCAAGUACAAGUGUGAGGCCAAAAACGAGCUCGGCACCGUUACGCAGGAGAUCCACCUGAAGGAGGGCACCAAACCCGAUCCGCCGAGUCUGUUUCAGCUACGCGGUGUCAACUCGGACACGCUCGACAUCGACGUCGGUGCGACCAAAUCCCAUGACAUUCCGCCCGAUCCGACCACCGUCAUCGGGUACCGGUUCGAGCUGAUGCCCACGGACGAAUACUUAAAGUCCCGCUCGUGGGACCGGGCGAGCCGACGUGACUUCGACGUGGCCGACGGUGCAACGUAUCUGCUGGUACAGCUCAUACCCGACACCAAGUACCUCAUCCGGGUGGCGGCCCGUAACGCGGCCGGCCUCAGCGACUGGACCGAGGUGAAGGAAUUCUCGACCCAUCCGCUGCAGCCGCACGGUACGAGUGGGUCCAGCGGUCCGAUGGCGCACGCGAAACCUACCGACGUGUGCUUCAAGUUCGUUUGGUUCUUGGCCGUGGCGCUCCCGGCGGCCCUAUCCAUCACGCAUCACCGAUUCGUCGACCUAGCGAAGGCUCGAUUCUAGGUCACCGGCAUCCGGUUCCCCCACGCUCCUACCGUUCCCCAUCCCCAAAAGCAAAAAGAAGCGAACGAAAUAGAUAAAUCCUAAAUAGGUUCUAAAAGUGAAGCAUAUGGCGUGGACACAUCUCGCGAUACUCGUGGCGCGGGCCCCCGGGCGGGAAAUUAAACAAGGUAGGAGAAAUUGGCAAGCACUCACACGAACGGUAAGAGAAACUUCCGCGCCAGUUUCGUAAUGGCCGGUGACAUGCCAGCAAAACAACACGCAGCGCUACCGAUGCGAAUGAUCGAUCGGUACGUCGAGGGGAAAUGAUGAGAAAAGUUUUUUUAGUGUCACUUUACGGAAAUUAGACUCGUUUGUUUGGUGCCUCGUGGUGACGGUCGUACUACUUCCAUGAUGAAGUCUGCGAACUUGUGAAAAUCGUUCGUAGAAGAAACUCUGGACGAAUGCAUCGCCCAAGGAUAAAAUAGGAAUUGAGAGAAAAGGCGUAUGUGUGGGUCUCUACAACAGCGCAGCAUCAUCAUCGUCACGAGAAUCGCAUUCCAUAUUGGCACACACACGCACGUACAGGUACACUUCAUACACUUUGACGAGGCGGGCUUUGUGUAAAGCGGGCAAAACAAGCUGUUGAAAAGGUCAUAAAAAGGAACAGGCGGUUUUUUUAUUGUGUCUGUGCAAGUUUCUAUGGCUAGUGGCACUUUGGUGUGCGAAUAGUUUGCAUUGAUUUGAUUUUCUACGAAAAAAGCACAUUCGAAACGCCUUAAAGUAUGCAAUACAUAAGUGCAGGGUUUGUGCAAUAGAGUUUAACAUACUGUGGUUCACAUUGGUUUCAUUUUAGACGAUCUCAAGGUCAACAGCUUUAGACUCUUACUUGAACACAUGAAUUUAGUUUACGCAUUUUUUAUUUUGAUGAUCCUUACUUAAACUGCUUACUUGAAACUUCCAUUAUUAUUUUUGAAGAACGGCCUGGCCUGUAUUGCUUAAAACUAAAUUACAAAAAUUAAUACUCAAUUCACGAUGGUGUGGAGACAUUUCCUUUUCCAAACCGUGAAAGGGCACCUUAUCCCGAGUAAGCAACUUCAACUAUUGAUCUGGUUUAUUUGAGAUUUGUAAUGGAUAAAAGCAUUGCGAUUUACAUAACCCUGUACUACGCCUAAAGUCCUGCAAUUUGCAUAAAAACACUAGUCUUGUUAUGAUUUUUUCCUUUUCUCAAUGCUUACUAGAUUGCUUCAGCAAAGCGGUCUCCUGGGACAACAUAAAACACACUACCGUGCACUGAACAACACCAAACCACACCAUACAAACACACCCAUACAUCCUAAAUAGCCAAAGAAACCGAUCCCUUAGUAGAUUAGCGAUAUUGAAAAGGCAAUCUUCCGUAUGUUUUUAUGUGUACAUUUUGAAUAGCGAAAGCACUGUGCGACGACACCCUGCAGAGAGGAGUAUGUGCAGACGGGGAAAAACUGAUCGUGUAUGUGUGUGAGUGCGUGUAUGUAAGCGAAACGUUACUAGAAGAAUUGAGCUCCUAGCUAGAAGAAAGAUAGUUAUGGCCUGUUGUGUUUUUGAUAUCUGUUGUUUAUAAACCGAACAAGAAAAGACGUUCAAAUUUCUCAACCCCUUCAACGAGCUAUUAUAAACGAGCUAAACGGAGUACAGCGUCAACAGUGAACACUAACCGCCGUUGAAAGCGGGCAAAACGCCCGCAAAAUAACAUUAAACUCGCUAUAUUAUUGCAAACGGUCACAUCCCUCGUCUCCCUUGCUGACCUGGUCCUCUGGCCCAUCUUGGUAAAGAGAAGAGCGAAGAGGAAUAAAAAUCAGGCAGGUUGGGGAUAGCUUUAACUCCAGCUUUACUCAAUUAUCCUUCAAAAUGUGAUUCGUUUAUUAAAUUCUUGACCCUCUUCUGUGUUUUUUAUUCCCUCUUUUAUUUGGGGCCCAAUUUUCUUCCACCGGAAUCAACUCAUUAGAGGACAACGUGCUGCAGGCUGAGCUCAAGAUUUUUUGGCAGCGGAUAAGCGUUGUUUGAACAGAGAGAAAGAGAGCGACGAAGACCGGUUCGAAACUAUCGCGACACAUAUAAUCCCUACAGACACUAGCGCACCGGGUUUGUUGUUACCUGAUGACGAGGGAAGCAGACUUGAGCGUAAAGUAAGUUUCCUGACAAUCAGGUUUAGCUUCUUGCUAAAGUUCUCCGCAAGAAAUGCCGCGGCAAGUAUCUAAUCCUUCGACCGUCUUUCAAUGCCGCCUUGUUGCAAUUCGUUGCAGUGCAGUCCGAUUGCAGUUGGUGAACGCGAAGCAAGCACACAGUGACUGGGCGCAAUCUGUGCAGCACCAACCGAGAGUACUUUGCAGAUGCAAUUAACUAGAUAAAAAAAAGAGGUUUCAAUUCAUACCGCGCCACGGUUUUGGGAGUGGAACGGUGUGUGUGUGGAGCGCUUUAUUUUUGCUUCCCAUGUUUCUAUGUCGCCCCAAAUGUUUCUGUUCCUUCCCGGACAGUCGAAUUUUGCACUUCGUUGACACAUUUCCAUCUUUGGUGUGUUGUUUUGCCGAGCACGCCUUCAAAGUCGAGUUUAAUUUUCCCAAAACCCACUUUGGUGAUGAAUAAAUUUAAAAAGUCUAACACGAAAACGGAACGAGGAAACAGCAAAAAUCCGCCUGAUCUGCAUUCAUGUUCUGCGCUCGCUAUUCCCUUAUCAAAGAAGAAACCUCGCUCAUAAACAACGGCUCGCUGUUAUCAUUGGAUGGCACGGUUAGGGAUAGUUUUGUAGUUUUAAAAAAAGUAAGCAGCAUGGCGAUGAAUGUUUCAAGGAGAACGAUGCACACCUGCACACGUCCUGGGUGAUUUUUUUGUUUUGUUUGGCCACCACCAUCAAACCAUCAUAUGGAGAUUGAUGUUGGUAGCUUUUUUUUUGGGGUGUUUUUUAUGUAGAUUUUCAGUUUUUUCCCCCACUCUAAAUAACAACCAAACGACAUCAAACGACUUCUAGGAAACGAAUCCUAGAAUCGAGUGAGUGUGUGUGUGUGUGCGUCUUUUCCCUUGUCGCCCAACAGCAUACAAGCAACGCUCCUGUCGUUCAUUCAAUGCAUGCAAAACGAACCUGAAAAAAACGAAGGAACAGCACAUGAAAACGAGAAUAAAUCAUUCAAAAUUCAUUGUGACUCUUUAAAAACAGAAACGAGCAUCGCGAGGGAAAUUGGGAAACAAACUCCCCCUGAGCGAAAUGGACACGAAAUGGAACGAAAAUAGUAAAUUCAUACGAAGCGGCCAGCCAACCAGCCACACAUUUAUUUACUCGCCCCAGUAAUUUUUGCUAACAGAAAAAGUGCAUUUCGCCCUGGUGCUGCCGAAUAACAACAAAAAAAACCCCUCCCGAAAGCCCUUUUGCUCCCUUUAACCUGCCAGUGAUAUAAUAAUUGCAUUUCACUUAUUAAAUAAACCCAAUUUUGUUCUGCCCGGUUUCUUGUGCUUGCUAUAAAAAAGCGGCAGGAAAUUCCAAAUUAUAAAUUGAUCAGAAGGGUGUGUUGUUAUUUCACUUUCCCCUUUUCUCUUCUUGUUACCCAGCUUAAGUGCAUCAGUAUUUUUUAAAAAUGGGCUAUUGUUUAAACAGAGCGCGCGUUCCGAACGAGCAACGCGUCAUCGGGCAAGAUCGCGCAACGCUUCGUACGCUGACACGCGCGUUCAUAAAGUUUAAAUUAAAAUUUUCUUUCCAUAAUUUUCAUCCCCCUUUUUUGCUCCCUUUUUCCCUUCUCUGGCACCCUUAAAGUGAGCUCGGGAAAAAUGCAUCACGAAAUGACAAACUUUCGUUGAAUCGGUUGUCGCUUGCAGCAGGUCGUUUGCACGUCAUCGGCGUUCACGAUGAGCAACGAAAGCUCUCUCGACGCAUAACCCUGCCACUGAUAAGAUAAUUUGCAUUAUCAUGUUAAGCAUCGCAACGGCCAUCUUCUUGGAUGGGGAGUGGUUUUUUUACCUCAUUCCAACCCACGAAGAUUAAAGUUCAAAGUGAGCUCGACCGGCAUGACCAUCGUGCGAGAUGCGAUGAUGAUCGUUGCUAUCAUCAUCAUAAUUUAUUAUAUUCCUUUCGGGUCGGGUGAUCUGUUUGUGAUCUUGUGAUGAUGGUCUCCCGUCUUGGAGUGGGGUAGAAAAUUUAAAUUAAAUCCUUCAGCAAAAGAAACAGCUGCCAGAUAGAAAGCCGGCGAUUCCGGACCGACCAAACAACCCAAAAACGAGCCGACAAACCAUACGGUGCUGCGCUGGGUAAACUUACGACCUUCGUUUGUAUGAUUUGCCUUUCGCUUUUUCUGUAUUUUCCAUACCCAUCGGUUGUGUGCUUUUCGUUUUAGCAAAUAAAAAUAAAAAUGGGCAGUACAAAAUUGAAUAUCGCGAUUAAAAACCAUUUCCAACUAACCACACAAUCCCUCGGAGGGUGUGUGAGAGAAAGCCGCUCCCAGAACGCCGCUUAAAAUCGGUCUCUGCUCCAACAGAUCCAAUUGAUUUGACCAACAACAACCGACCAGACGCUGGCUCGACCAGACCGAGCAGAAUAUUGAACAGCAAACGAAUUGGAAAUGGCUUGCAACGGAAGCCGGAAAAAGCAACAACCACACCGAGCGGCCCAGUUUCCGCUUUGGUGAAUCGUUAUGUUUUUGUGUGUAUUUUUAUCUUAUUUCGGUGUUGUUUUCCUCUCUCCCUCUGUUUUCCCAUUAUUUUUUUGUUCUGAUUGAACACCCGACCCGGUUGGCCGGUAUCUAAAGCGAAAGGAUGUUAUAGUUGCGAAUAAUAGCAUGUAGCGUAUGCACGGGAACCAAACGAAACGAGUGGCUAUUAAUUUAUUUAUCAUUUUGCUUUAUUUUACCAGGUACAACCGAGCCCGUCGGGUGGCGCUGUUGGCAGGCUUAUUAAAAAUUCUUAACAACAAGCGUAACAAGCAAAAUCUGCUUAAGUUUGAGUGUGGUGUUGCAAAAAAACAAAGGUGUUGCAUAAAGCGAUUUUCACUUUUAAUACGCCUGACAGUAUGCAAUUUGUAAAAAGAUUUUUUUUAGAGCCUUGAAAAUCCACUCUAUCUCACUCUAUUUCGUUGCAACCCGUUUCAAUGAGUUUUAUCUUCAAAUCGCCUUAAAUUAUGCAUUUUUUCGAACAAAGAGCCUCAAGUAUUACCAAUCAAAAAAAAAUUGUAACAGAAAUCAAAAUAUUAAUGUUUCAUUAAAAAAACAUUUAAGAACGAUCUUCUUGAUUUAACAUCACCUUGAUGUAUUCAUAUGAGAACGGCUUGAAAAUAAUGCAAUUCUUAUAAUUUUUGCCUUGAAUUACCAUGUCAUCUUACGCAAUUUAUUUCUAAAGGUAUGCAACUAUUUUUGGUUAUAGGCUCCUAAAUGUAUGCAAUUUUGAAACUCUUCUCUGUUGCCAGCGCCUACUUUCUUGGUUUAAAGAUUUAAUUCUGAUGCAUUCUGAUUACUAAGAAAGAGCUUUCAAAUGUUAACAAGCCAGAAUGUAUGCAAUUAUUUUAUGGAAAAGCGUUUUACGUUAAUAAAAUGAAAACUCCCUGCCAGUUUUCAUUUCUUUAUUUUGGGUACUUUUUUAUCUCAUUGUUCAUUUAUUCCUUUUUUAUCGUGAAAACCCACAAGGUGAAAUACCAACAAACAAACGAGGCGAACCAUAUGCAUCCGUUCGCAUACAUAAACAACGCCGUGCAACCGUCGUUUCGUUUCCGGUUUUCGAUGGGAGGUCAGGUUCUUUGCUUCCCAUCGCUUUCCACCUCUCUCACAAUCGCCAUACGAAUGAUUUAUUCAUUACGAUCGAGCCUCCCAAACCGUGCGGGGCUAUCAACAUCCUCGUACGCCCGUGUGUGUUUUGUCUCAUUUUUUCAUAUGGUUUUCCUUUCAAAUAAUUACGUUUUUCACGCGCUGUACACAGAAAUGCAAACACAGAAAAACCUUCCCCUUCGGGUUUUGUGCCUGUACGUGGAUGUAUGUUUUGUGAGUGUGUUUUUGUGUGUACAAGAUCAGUCUUUAAAUACUCUACGCUGUGAAUAAUUAGUGCCAUAGUCGAAAUGAUUAUCGUGUAAGCUCCGUUUUGCUUCCAUUACUGGUCUUGGCUGGAUGUUUUGGCGAAUCCGUUAAACGUGUGAGCUGUAUGUAUAAGGCCGUGUGUUUCCAACAAAUGAAUGUAUGUAUAGGUGUAUGUAAAUUUGAAUCUAAAGUAUAUUGAACGAUUUUGCAAUUCCAAUGGUUGCGUUUUCCUUUCCGUACUGAUGAACCAUUUUGAUUGAGUAUUCAGAAAAAAAGUAUUCAAUUAGAAUGAUAAUUUGGUGCUACGAAUCGAGCUGUAUUUGAAAUCGACUAGUAAAGAGCUUCGCCUACGCCUAUGCAUUUCUGAAAAGGUGCUUUUCGUUUUUUAAUUAGUUGUGAAUAAAACGAAUAGCCUCUUAAAUCACCCCUUAUUCACAAAUCAGAUUGAAACAAUCACUUCAUUUAAUCGUAAAGGACAUCGAUCAUCGACUCUGUCAGGCUGGAUAAAAUAAUUUAGCUGCACUAGGGGUCUCAAGGGUUAUUUUUUGCUCCCAUUUCCUAUUGCUUUAAUCCGAUUUCGGUAUCAUUAUCUUUUCGCUGCACCCUAGUACUCCAACCGGCUGCUACUGCUACUAUCGUGGAUGGUUAAUUAUGAGUAAAUAAAAUUUGGAUUAAAUCAACCAUAACUCAUCGAACGAUGGCCGGACAGGGCUGCCACUGUGAGCGGCUAGUAGGGAAUUGAAUUGAACCGGUAUAAGUAGACGGAGCGAAAGAGAGAGGUCAAAUGAAUGAAGCGAACAUACAAAAAAAAGGUUUUCAAUUACUGUGGAAUGAUCUUUCCACCGGCAACCACCCUUCGGUCCCAUCAAAACAGGCACGCAAGAGUUAAUUUAAUUAUUCAUCCUCAAACGAACGCUCCCUCUCCAACACAGGAUCAAUACUAUGGCAAUUUUGUUGUCGGUGGUGAUCGUGGUGGUUGGUGUAUGAAUCGAGAGCAAAAUAAAACGUAAAAAAGACAAAACAAAAAAAGGGUGGUCGGACUACCACCCCACAGUUCCCACAGCGAGUCGGUGCUUGUUAAUUGCUAGUAAUUAAAAUUAUUAUCACCAACAAUAUGACGCCAGCGCUCGAGGAGGUACCCAUUAAACCAAAACUCCUCCCCCCCCUCCCCUUUGUCACUAUGGCUGUCCCCCUGUGUUCCCCAUCAUCAAUGCAACAAAUUAUGAAACAAUCAAAAGCGUAAGGGAUUGAAGCAAUCAGUGGGUGUGCUACUUGUUUGAUUGAUUGUGACAAAGAUAUCGUCAAUCUGUUGCCCGAUGUCGAAGCCCCAGAUUAUGAGCGUAGAGAUGGCCAAUUAUGAGUUGAGUAUUUUUUAUCAUUUGUGCCAAUUUCACAUUACUAGUACGAAAAAAAAACUGAUAAAAAGAUAACAAACACCACAACAAAAUAGAACUCGAAACAGCAUUUAGAGGAUACAAAUCACACACACACACACACACACACACACACACACUCACUAACUUGUCCUUCUCCCGGUAAUCAUCAUAACAGUAGUGGUAAACGAAAAAAAAACAAGUGAAAAAACGACAGAAAUAAAAAACAAAACUAUGUUAUAAGAUGUAAAACGAAUUAAAGAGAAAAACAAACACAACUAAAUCAACAAGACUUAUCGAGAAGAGAAAAAAGAAGGAAAAAUGGCGAUAACUAAACGAGAAAAAAGAAAACAAAAAACUUAGAAUUUGUAAAAAUGAAGAAAAACAAGAUGGACAAAACGACAAAAACCAAACAAAUGAAUGAGGCGAGUCGGAGAAGCUAAACCCGUCAUUGAAAAAUAAUAAUCACCACACACACACACAUACGAAAGUGAAAGUUGUAAACCGUAAGGUAAAAACAAGAGAAAGUGAGAAAAAAGGGGAGCCGAAAAAUCAACUAGCGAUUAAAGUAAAUGAAACGUAAAUAAAAAAGAAACAAAUUAAACGGAACGAGAACAGUGGACGAGCGAAGUAAUAAAUUCAACCAAACAAAACAAGACUACCAAACCAACAG